GCCUAGAGAAGCGGCGGGGCGAGCCGGGGGCUCUAGUGAACAGCAGAGCCGGACGGGGAUCGCCGGCGGGCGGCAAGCGGAGGCGGCCCGGCCCCGGCGGUCUCCGAGAUGUCACGAUGGCUGUGGCCAUGGUCAAACUGUGUGAAAGAGCGGGUCUGCCGCUACUUGCUGCACCACUACUUAGGUCACUUCUUCCAAGAGCACCUCAGCCUGGACCAGCUCAGCCUCGAUCUGUACAAGGGCAGCGUUGCCCUGCGAGACAUCCACCUGGAAAUCUGGUCUGUGAACGAGGUGCUGGAGUCGAUGGAGUCACCGCUGGAGCUGGUGGAAGGCUUCGUGGGCUCCAUCGAGGUGGCCGUGCCCUGGGCUGCUCUGCUCACCGACCACUGCACAGUGCGCGUGUCCGGCCUCCAGCUCACCUUGCAGCCCCGCCGGGGUCCAGCGCCAGGGGCUGCCGACUCACAGAGCUGGGCCUCAUGCAUGACCACAAGCCUGCAGCUGGCCCAGGAGUGUCUACGGGAUGGGCUACCAGAGCCCUCUGAGCCACCACAGCCCCUGGAGGGGCUGGAGAUGUUUGCCCAGACCAUUGAGACUGUGCUUCGGAGGAUCAAAGUGACCUUCCUGGACACUGUCGUGAGGGUGGAGCACUCUCCGGGUGAUGGGGAACGUGGUGUGGCCGUGGAGGUCCGUGUGCAGAGACUGGAGUACUGUGACGAGGCAGUGCGGGACCCGAGCCAGGCGCCGCCGGUGGACGUGCAUCAGCCGCCUGCCUUCCUGCACAAGCUGCUGCAGCUGGCGGGGGUCCGCCUGCACUACGAGGAGCUCCCCGCACAGGAAGAGCCUGCAGAGCCCCCCUUGCAGAUUGGCAGCUGCUCAGGGUACAUGGAGCUGAUGGUGAAGUUGAAGCAAAAUGAGGCCUUCCCUGGCCCCAAGUUGGAGGUAGCGGGACAGCUGGGCUCCCUGCACCUGCUUCUGACCCCGAGGCAGCUCCAGCACCUUCAGGAACUGCUCAGCGCUGUGAGCCUUACAGACCACGAGGGCCUGGCUGACAAGCUGAACAAGAGUCGCCCGCUAGGUGCCGAAGACCUGUGGCUGAUUGAGCAGGACCUGAACCAGCAGCUGCAGGCCGGGGUGGUGGCUGAGCCCCUCAGCCCAGACCCCCUUACCAACCCCCUUCUCAACCUGGAUAGCACUGACCUCUUCUUCUCCAUGGCUGGCCUCACAAGCAGUGUGGCCUCAGCCCUCUCUGAGCUGUCCCUCUCCGAUGUAGACCUGGCCUCCUCUGUGCACAGUGACGUGGCCUCCCGCCGGCUCUCUGCCCAGGCCCACCCAGCUGGCAAGAUGGCCCACAAUCCCCUCCUGGACACCAUGCGCCCUGACUCGCUGCUGAAGAUGACCUUGGGGGGUGUGACCCUGACCUUGCUUCAGACGUCUGCCCCAUCUUCUGGACCACCUGACCUCACCACGCAUUUUUUCACCGAGUUUGAUGCCACCAAGGAUGGGCCCUUCGGUUCCCGAGACUUCCACCACCUUCGACCACGCUUCCAGAGGGCCUGUCCCUGUAGCCAUGUUCGGCUAACGGGCACAGCCGUGCAGCUGUCCUGGGAGCUGCGGACAGGCAGUCGGGGUCGGCGGACAACCAGCAUGGAAAUGCGCUUUGGGCAGCUCGAGGUGCUGGAGUGUCUGUGGCCCCGGGGCACCUCCGAGCCUGAGUACACGGAGAUCCUGACCUUUCCUGGUACCCUGGGCUCCCAGGCCUCGGCUCGGCCCUGCGCCCAUCUGCGCCACACACAGACCCUGCGCCGUGUGCCUAAGAGCCGACCCCGGCGCUCAGUUGUCUGCCAUUGCCACUCAGAACUGGCCCUGGACCUGGCCAACUUCCAGGCAGACGUGGAACUGGGGGCCCUGGACCGGCUGGCUGCCCUACUGCGCCUGGCCACUGUAACUGCUGAGCCUCCAACUGGCCUGCUGACAGAGCCCCUGCCGGCAAUGGAGGAGCAGACAGUAUUUCUGCUUUCCGCACCCCGGGCUACACUGCGACUGCGCUUCCCCAUUGCUGACCUGCGGCCUGAGCGGGACCCCUGGGCGGGCCAGUCUGUGCGGGCUGAGCAACUUCGGCUGGAGCUGAGUGAGCCCCAGUUCCGGUCAGAGCUUAGCAGUGGGCCUGGUCCCCCAGUCCCCACCCGCCUGGAACUCACCUGCUCCGACCUACAUGGUAUCUAUGAAGAUGGAGAGAAGCCACCUGUCCCCUGCCUGCGUGUCUCCAAAGCCCUGGACCCCAAGAGCACUGGGCGCAAGUACUUCCUGCCCCAGGUAGUGGUGACUGUGAACCCCGAGUCCAGCAGCGCACAGUGGGAGGUGGCCCCGGAGAAGGGAGAGGAGCUGGAGCUGUCAGCGGAGAGUCCAUGUGAGCUGCGGGAACCUGAGCCCUCACCCUUCUCCUCUAAGAGGACCAUGUAUGAGACAGAGGAGAUGGUGAUCCCAGGAGACCCUGAGGAGAUGAGGGCGUUCCAGAGCCGGACCCUGGCACUGUCUCGCUGCAGCCUGGAAGUGAUCCUGCCCAGUGUCCACAUCUUUCUGCCCAGCAAGGAGGUCUACGAGAGCAUCUACAACAGGAUCAACAACGACCUGCUCAUGUGGGAGCCCGCAGACCUGCUUCCCACCUCCGACCCCGCCGCCCAGCCCUCUGGCCUCCCCGGCCCCUCAGGCUUCUGGCAUGACAGCUUUAAGAUGUGCAAGUCAGCCUUCAAGUUGGACUCAGACUCGGAUGAUGAGGAUGCCCACUUCUUCUCAGUGGGGGCAUCAGGCGGCCCACAGCCCCCUGCCCCUGAGGCCCCAAGUCUUCACUUGCAGAGCACCUUCUCUACACUGGUGACAGUGCUGAAGGGGCGGAUCACAGCCCUCUGUGAGACCAAGGACGAGGGUGGCAAGCGGCUGGAGGCUGUGCACGGGGAGCUGGUGCUGGACAUGGAGCAUGGCACCCUCUUCAGCGUCUCCCAGUACUGUGGCCAGCCAGGACUCGGCUACUUCUGCCUGGAAGCUGAAAAGGCAACGCUCUACCACCGAGCGGCCGUGGAUGACUACCCGCUGCCCAGUCACCUGGACCUGCCCAGUUUCGCUCCCCCGGCUCAGCUGGCCCCGACCAUCUACCCAUCGGAGGAAGGGGUGACUGAGCGGGGAGCCUCGGGCCGCAAGGGCCAGGGCCGGGGCCCCCACAUGUUGUCCACUGCUGUGCGCAUCCACCUGGACCCCCACAAGAAUGUGAAGGAGUUCCUGGUGACACUGCGGUUGCACAAAGCCACCCUGCGCCACUACAUGGCCCUGCCCGAGCAGAGCUGGCAUUCCCAGCUGUUGGAGUUCCUAGACGUGCUGGAUGACCCUGUGCUGGGCUACCUGCCCCCGACGGUCAUCACCAUCCUGCACACACACCUGUUCUCCUGCGCCGUGGACUAUAGGCCACUCUACCUCCCUGUGCGUGUCCUCAUCACCGCGGAGACCUUCACUCUGUCCAGCAACAUCAUCGUGGACACCUCCACCUUCCUGCUCAGGUUCAUCCUCGAUGACUCCGCCUUGUACCUGUCCGACAAGUGUGAGGUGGAGACCCUGGACCUGCGGCGAGAUUAUGUCUGUGUCUUGGAUGUUGACCUCUUGGAACUUGUGAUUAAAACCUGGAAAGGGAGCACUGAGGGCAAACUGAGCCAACCGCUAUUCGAGCUGCGCUGCUCCAACAACGUGGUACACGUGCACAGCUGUGCCGACUCCUGUGCCCUGCUGGUCAACCUGCUCCAGUACGUAAUGAGCACGGGUGACCUGCAUCCCCCACCCCGGCCCCCCAGCCCCACGGAGAUCGCCGGCCAGAAGGUACAGCUCUCGGAGAGUCCUGCCUCUCUGCCCUCGUGCCCGCCAGUGGAGACGGCCCUCAUCAACCAGCGCGACCUGACCGACGCCCUCCUGGACACCGAGCGCAGCCUGCGGGAGCUGGCCCAGCCUUCAGGUGGCCACCUCCCUCAGGCGUCGCCCAUCUCGGUCUACCUAUUCCCAGGUGAACGGAGUGGGGCCCCGCCCCCUUCACCACCUGUCAGGGGCCCUGCUGGCAGCUUAGGGUCAUGCUCGGAGGAGAAGGAAGAUGAAAGGGAAGAGGAGGGCGAUGGAGACACCCUGGAUAGUGAUGAGUUCUGCAUCCUUGACGCUCCUGGCCUGGGCAUCCCGCCACGAGACGGGGAGCCUGUGGUGACACAGCUGCAUCCCGGCCCCAUCGUUGUGCGGGAUGGUUACUUCUCACGGCCGAUUGGCAGCUCGGACUUGCUGCGGGCACCUGCCCAUUUCCCCGUGCCCAGCACUCGGGUGGUGCUACGUGAGGUCUCCCUCGUCUGGCACCUAUAUGGGGGCCGAGACUUUGGCCCCCACCCCGGCCACAGGGCAAGAGCUGGCCUCUCGGGCCCCAGGGGCUCCCCUUCCCGCUGCUCUGGCCCCAACCGGCCCCAGAACUCAUGGCGCACUCAGGGGGGCAGCGGGCGGCAGCACCAUGUCCUCAUGGAGAUCCAGCUCAGCAAGGUAAGCUUCCAGCACGAGGUGUACCCAGCGGAGCCAGUCACAGGCCCUGCAGCCCCUGGCCAGGAGCUGGAGGAGCGGCCGCUGUCCCGUCAGGUGUUCAUCGUGCAGGAGCUGGAGGUCCGAGACCGGCUUGCCUCCUCCCAGAUCAACAAGUUCCUGUACCUACACACGAGUGAGCGGAUGCCACGACGUGCCCACUCUAACAUGCUCACCAUCAAAGCGCUGCAUGUGGCCCCCACCACCAACCUGGGUGGGCCUGAGUGCUGUCUCCGCGUCUCGCUGAUGCCCCUGCGGCUCAAUGUGGACCAGGAUGCCCUCUUCUUCCUCAAGGACUUCUUCACUAGCCUGGUGGCCGGCGUCAACCCUGUGGUCCCAGGGGAGACCUCCGCUGAGGCUCGCCCCGAGACUCGAGCCCAGUCCAGCAGUCCCCUGGAAGGGCAGGCCGAGGGCGUAGAGACAACUGGCUCACAGGAAGCCCCAGGCGGUAGACACAGCCCCUCCCCUGCUGACCAGCAGCCCAUCUACUUCAGAGAGUUCCGCUUCACGUCCGAGGUCCCCAUCUGGCUGGAUUACCAUGGCAAGCACGUCACGAUGGACCAGGUGGGCACUUUCGCUGGCCUCCUCAUUGGCCUGGCCCAACUCAACUGCUCCGAGCUGAAGCUAAAGCGGCUCUGUUGCAGGCACGGGCUCCUGGGUGUGGACAAGGUGCUGGGCUAUGCCCUCAACGAGUGGCUGCAGGACAUCCGCAAGAACCAGCUGCCCGGCCUGCUGGGAGGCGUGGGCCCCAUGCAUUCGGUUGUCCAGCUCUUCCAAGGGUUCCGGGACCUGCUGUGGCUGCCCAUUGAGCAGUACAGGAAGGAUGGCCGCCUCAUGCGGGGGCUACAGCGAGGGGCUGCCUCCUUCGGCUCGUCCACGGCCUCUGCGGCCCUGGAACUCAGCAACCGGUUGGUACAGGCUAUCCAGGUGAGUGGGUGCCCUGCAUCUGGGCUGUGCAGGACAGAGCAGCUGGAGCCCUCUGCACCACAGCUCCCAGGUUCUGUCCUCAAAGGUCUUCUGAGAGUGGGCAGUCUGGGUAUGACAGCCCUACUUUAUAGAGAAACAACUAUGGAGAUGCUAAGUGACUUGCCUGGGGCCUCCAAGGCAGGUCUCCCGAGGCCCACAGGGGUUCCUGUGCAAGAGUGGGAGUGCCCCCCAGGCCUUCAGAACCCACCGUGUCUCCUGCUCAUGGCAUGUCUUGUAAAGGGGGGUGGAGGACGGCUGUGUUUGCAGACUAAGAAUCUGAGGCCCAAGGGCUGCCCUGGUUCCUUCAGGCCAUGCACUUCGCUAGGCCAGAGGGACCCCAGGGAAGCCCCGGAGCCAGUCUCGUGGGCAGUUGUCAGAUGAAUUCUGUAGGGGACUGAUGGUCCUAGUGGGCUAAGGGGUGAGUGCAGGUGCAUGGUACGUUCUGGAAUCUGCAAGCUCAGACCCCAGCAGGACACAGGGCAGGGCUCCAGGAGAGGCGGGAGGUAUGCGUGGCCACCAGGGAGCCCCCGGGAGUGUUCAGUCAGGUGGGAAAGAGUGAUGCCAGGUGAGGUGCUGGGCAGAGGAUCUGGCGGACAGAAGGAAGGAUGGGCUCCCUGACCAUCUUGCAGGGGCAUCUGGGGGGCGAGACAAGGAGCAGUCAGUCUUAGGUGUGCAGCUGUGGCAGCCGUGCAGAACCUACUGAAUGUGGCAGUCAGCAGGAAGAGAGGUUUGGGUUAAGAAGAUUUUAGGAAAGAACCCUGAGGAGUCCCAUGUUCCUAGAUUCCCUGAGCGGAGUGGCGGAUGCCUGGGAAGGGGAGGAGGAGUGGGAGGAAGUGGGAAGUAAGGCUGAGCAGGACUCCCUGGGCCAGCACAGUGACAGGCGGGGAGGCUGAGGGCUGGCGGGGUCUCAGACUGUCCUGGGGGCCUGGGGCCGACAUGUGUGCCCCAGCCAACUGUCCUCAUCCAGUGCUCCCAUGUCCCCCAGGCCACAGCCGAGACCGUGUAUGACAUCCUGUCCCCGGCAGCCCCUGUCUCCCGCUCCCUGCAGGACAAGCGCUCUGCGCGGAGGCUGCGCAGGG